AUGGAUAGAGAAUGCCGUAAGAAGAAAGGAAAGGAGACUAGCAGUACUUGCAGACUCUAUAAAUUUAGUGUGGUGGGAGAGGAAGGAAGGGCGCAGAUCAUCAGAGAGAGAGAGAGAGAAAGAAAGGAAGAAAAAAACAAAGGAACCAAAAAGACACCAACAAAGCACGGAGGAAAAGGAAAGCUUAUUUUGAAGCAAAGGGAUCAAAAAGGGUCAUCACCCACAAAGGCGUGGCAGAAAAUAACCUACCCAAGUGAAAGAGAUUGCGUGAUCAUUCAUAAGACAAGUCCAAUCCUUUUUGGCUUUGGCCUUGGCUUUGCUUUUCUGUUUGCCACCACCCUCCACCACCACAAAGCGACAGAGAAGAAGAAGAAGAAGAAGAACAGAGAGAGUGGUGUCUGAAAAGUCCAUCUAUAUAUCUAACAUAUCAGCGGAAGGUCUGUCUCUUUUAUUUAUUCUUUUUUGCUUCUUUCUUUUCACAGCCCCUUCUUCCUAUUUCUCUCCCCUUUCCUCUAGGAAAGUGUAGGCCAACUUCCAUAUAUCGGUUUCUUCGAAUCAUCCUUUUCAUUCCUAUUAGAGAACGAAGUGAUCAAUAUGAAAACAACUUCAUAUCCAUAUAGAAUUUGAAUCUCUAUUGUCUGCUUUUGUAAUAUAUUGAGGCAGAGUUGAGAGAGCGAGGGCAGAGGGAGAGGAAGGGAGAGAUACGAGGGGAUGUGCGGGAAGAAAGAGGAAGACCAAGGAGAGUGUUCUCAAGCUAUCCAUAACAUACAAGGUUACCAAGAACAGUUACUUAUUCAACAACACCAACAGAUGCAACAACACCACCACCAACAGCAGAACAAUGAUUUAUUUGGAGGAACUAGAGGGGGAUUGAUAUUCCCUGAAGUAUCACCCAUCCUGCCAUGGUCUCUCCCUCCUGUUCACAGUUUCAAUCCAGCCCACUUCAAUGGAAACCAGGUUCGAGACCAUGACCCUUUUCUGGUCCCUCCUCCGCCAUCAUCAUACGGGGCUUUAUUCAACAGAAGAGCUCCUGCCCUACAGUUUGCAUAUGAUGGCCCAUCAACUGACCAUCUAAGGAUCUUAUCUGACACCCUCGGACCGGUCGUUCAACCCGGUUCAGCUCCUUUCGGACUACAGGCUGAGUUGGGUAAGAUGACUGCUCAAGAAAUCAUGGAUGCUAAGGCUCUUGCUGCUUCUAAAAGCCACAGCGAAGCUGAGAGGAGAAGAAGAGAACGAAUCAACAACCAUCUCGCCAAGCUACGCAGCUUACUCCCAAGCACCACGAAAACGGACAAGGCUUCACUGCUUGCAGAAGUCAUCCAACACGUCAAGGAGCUGAAACGGCAAACUUCUUUGAUAGCAGAAACGAGUCCUGUACCGACCGAAAUCGAUGAACUAACAGUGGAUACAUCGGAUGAAGAUGGUAAGUUCCUGAUCAAAGCUUCACUUUGCUGUGAAGAUAGGUCCGAUCUUUUGCCUGACCUAAUCAAGACCUUGAAAGCAUUACGUCUAAAAACACUAAAAGCUGAGAUCACAACGCUUGGUGGGCGUGUAAAGAAUGUUCUGUUUAUCACUGGAGAAGAAGACUCAAGCAGCAGUGGUGACCAGCAGCAACAGCAGCAGCAAUAUUCUGUUAGUUCAAUACAAGAAGCAUUGAAAGCAGUGAUGGAGAAGACUUCUGGGGAUGAGUCUUCUGCCGGGAGUGUUAAGAGACAAAGAACCAACAUCAGUAUUCUUGAACACAGUGGACAAAAUAGGUAAUGAUGGUGUGCUUUGUGUACUUAAAAAUCGGUUCAAUUAAAGAAGAGGGAGGGGAAGAGAAAGAGAGAGAGAGAGAGAAGGGGCAUGGCAUCAUCAUCAUGCAUGAUCAUCAGCUGGUUGGUUUUUUGGAAUGGUGAUGCAGAGAAAGAGAAGGAGAGAAAAAAGGGAUUGUUUUAGUAGUAAAUAGGCAAGAAAACAGUGGAGGAUCUUUUUCGUGGGAAGAGAAACCUUAUAUCGAAACCCAACAUGGAAAACGUGAAGUUUGAUUGCUCUGAGUAGAACCCAGUUUGGACAAAAACCACAAACUCGAUCUCUGGGCAUUUUCUUUUGUUUGUUUUGGAGCACAAGUACUGCCUUUUUUCCUUCUCUCUCUCUCUCUCCUCACUUUAGGUGAAAUUUAUGAUCAUAUCAUAAGCAAUUAAGAAUGGUGACGACGUUGUUCUUGUCA